UGGCCGGCCGCGUGGGUGCCCAGCGAGCGAACGAGGCGACGGCCGGGAGAGCCACCCCGACUGUGGGCCCCGCGGAAUUCCAGCUCGCGCCGCCGCGUCACACACACGCCCAGCGCCGUCAGCCGAGCACAUAACGAUAUUUGGAUUUGAACAACAUUGUGAAAUUCAUCUCCACCUAUAAUGCCACCAGCGAUCGGCGGUCCAGUUGGAUACACACCCCCAGAUGGAGGCUGGGGGUGGGCAGUGGUGGUUGGAGCUUUCAUCUCCAUUGGCUUCUCUUAUGCAUUUCCCAAAUCCAUCACUGUAUUUUUCAAGGAAAUUGAAGGCAUAUUCAAUGCCACCACCAGUGAAGUAUCUUGGAUAUCCUCCAUCAUGUUGGCCGUUAUGUAUGCUGGAGGCCCCAUCAGCAGUGUUCUGGUGAACAGAUACGGCAGUCGGCCCGUCAUGAUGGCUGGUGGCUGCUUGGCAGGCAGUGGCUUGAUUGCAGCUUCUUUCUGCAACACCGUGCAGGAACUCUACUUGUGUAUUGGAGUCAUUGGAGGCCUUGGACUUGCCUUCAACUUAAAUCCAGCUCUGACCAUGAUUGGCAAGUAUUUCUACAAGAAGCGACCACUGGCCAAUGGACUGGCCAUGGCAGGCAGCCCUGUGUUCCUCUCUACUCUGGCCCCUAUCAACCAGGCUUUCUUUGGUAUCUUUGGCUGGAGAGGAAGCUUCCUAAUCCUUGGGGGCUUCCUACUAAACUGCUGUGUCGCCGGAUCCCUGAUGCGACCAAUAGGGCCCACGCCGACCAACGAUAGGAAAGAUCGGUAUAAAGUAUCCCUUCAGGAAGCUGGAAAAUCUGAUGAAAAGAAAAGUACAAGUGAUGCACACACAGAUCUGAUAGGCGGAAACCCCAAAGAGGAAAAACAGUCAUUCUUCCAAACCUUUAACCAAUUCCUGGACCUGUCCCUUUUCACCCACAGGGGCUUUCUGCUGUACCUCUCCGGGAAUAUGUUUAUGUUUUUUGGACUGUUUGCACCUUUGGUCUUUCUUAGUAAUUAUGGCAAGAGUAAGCAUUUCUCUAGUGAGAAGUCUGCCUUCCUUCUCUCCAUCCUGGCCUUCGUUGACAUGGUGGCCAGACCUUCCAUGGGACUGUUAGCCAACACAAAGUGGAUAAGACCUCGUGUGCAGUAUUUCUUUGCCGCGUCCAUUGUUUUAAACGGAGUGUGCCACUUGCUAGCACCUCUAGCCAACAACUACGUAGCUUUCUGUGUCUAUGCAGGCGUCUUUGGAUUUGCAUUUGGUUGGCUUAGCUCAGUCUUGUUUGAAACACUGAUGGACCUCAUUGGACCGCAGAGAUUCUCCAGUGCUGUGGGACUGGUGACCAUUGUGGAAUGCUGCCCUGUCCUCCUGGGACCACCACUCUUAGGUCGCCUCAAUGACGUGUAUGGAGACUACAAGUACACAUACUGGGCCUGUGGCAUAGUCCUGAUUUUUGCGGGUGUCUAUCUCUUCAUUGGCAUGGGCAUCAAUUAUCGACUUCUGGCAAGAAAACAGAAAGCAGCGCAGAAGCAGGAGGAGAAGAAAGAGGAGGAGGAGGCCAAUGCAGGUGUUCCUGAGAAGCCAAAAGACGUACCUGAGGACACAUUAGAAUCUCCAGAGCAGAAAGACGCAGAAGGAAGCCCCAAAGAGGAGGAGAGUCCAGUCUGAGCCCGUGAGACCUCAGGGUAAACGGAGCAGCUCAUGGCCCAAGAGAUCUGAAAAUAUACUGGCCUGUAUCCUACCAGUGGUGCUCAAUGCAGACAGCAGACAUUUGUGUGGAAAUCAUCCCAUGUGUUGUUCAUUGGUGGAAUUUUAUUUCACUCCUUAGUAGCCUGAGUUUAAAAUGCCAUGUCCUUGGGGGAGGGAGUGGUUAGCAAAGAAUAAGGGAAGGAAGUGUAGUUAGUUCUUGUUUACUUUGUUUUGUGUGGUCUUUUGUUUUUCAGCUUUUUAACAGCAUCAUGAAGAUUAUAAUAUGUGCCUUAUGUUUUAGUCUUUAUUUAGAACUCUUUAGGGAGCCUUAACUUUUUAAGCCAUUCUGCUAAAUUUAUCUAUUUUAAGUGUCACGCUUAAAGGAAAAGUAACUAACUUGUGUGAGGCAAAUCUGAAAUUAUUAUUUUUUUUUGUUGCAAAUCUGAAAUUUUAAAUGCAUCCAGCCUCAUGAGUAAUUUGUAACAUAUCAUCAGACAUUGUCGUUGGAUGAUUCAUGGGUAGAAAUUCUGGUUGAAAGUUGAGGAUUUCAUAAAAUGAUGACUAAAAUAUUUCCCGAGCAUCAAUAGUAGCCUGGCACCUGUGCCUGCUGAGUAUGAGUUUGGGGGACUUAAGGCAUAAAGCAUUGGCAGUCUCUCGCUGCUCUCGCCCCUCGCCCUGGUGAGGAACACUUAACUAGUACCUGUGCUCAGGAUGCUUAUUAGAAGCAGAGUGCGUAGGGCUUGCUUUCAUGCAGUUACUCUUACAAAGACACAUUCUGAGUGGUUAUAUAAAGCAUUGCCCCUUUUGAAAUCACUUGGUAUUAUUUUUCUCACCGUAAAAGUUAGAAUUAAAAUCCACAAAACUAUGUAUUGAUGUCUCCCUAGUAAAUGCAACACAUCUAAUUAAUCGUAGACAGAUUUUUCAAACAGCUGAAUUCCGCUUAGGCUUUUCUAAAACCUCAGUUAUAAACUGUGAGACUAUUGAAACUUUUUUCUUUCCUGGAAUUUUCUUCCCUUUGAUUCAUCGUGGUUCCAUUAUAGCUGCUUCUUGUUUAAAGCUGUAUGAUAGAGAGAGAGAGAGAGAGAGAGAGAGAGUGUGUGUGUGUGUGUGUGUGUGUGUGUGUGUUUUCAUUCCCCAAUGUUUUAAAAUUAAAUGGGCCAGAAAACUUUGGCCUCAGGCAAGCCAAUAAGAGUAAGAUUGAAGUUGCCGAAUGUGCUUAGUGAGUGACUCUUUUUUUCCUGAGAAGGCCUUAAAGAAAAUUGAUCUGUUUGGAUGUAUUGGAUGCAUUCUCUCCACACAAGCGUGGAGAUAUCACGAGCCUGUUCUCUGAGGGGAAAGGCCGAGAAACAGGCUCCAUGGGACAGGUGGGAGGGCGGACCAGAAGACAAACUGUAAAUAUGUUUUUAACCUAACCUCUCUUCAAUUGAGGCAGGAAGACAGUGAUCAACAGUCAAUGAGUGAUAACCCACAAAUUUAAAUUAUCGUUGUCAUUAACAGUAAAACUAAAGAUACAAAACCUGUGUAAGAGGCUGAGUUUUCCAAAUAAACAUCUUUUUUUUUUUUAAUGGUUCUUCCCCCAAAUGUUUUCUUCAGGAAAAUAAAGCUUUAUCUUCGUUUUCA